AUGGGCAAGCACGACAUGAAGCGCGGCAUUUCCCAGCGAUCCUCGGAUGCCGGCGAAUCCCCCAAGCAUUACGCUUCGACAAAUUUAGUUGGCAAAUUUACACAGAGCGUCCGGCGAAUAGUGCAGGACGUGAAGGAUGAAGGAUCGCCAAGUGGUAUGAGCCGCGAGGAGCUGAUCGAGACGAACGAACGGCUUCGUGCGGUCCGGAUCCGACUGGAGGAAUCGUACGACACCGCCAAGAAGGCACUCGUCAACCUGAUGAACAAGUACGGUGACUCCAAGAGCCAGCGCAACAUCUUCAACCGCUAUCCGAUGCUAAAGCUCAUGAUCAAGGAUGUCAUCCGACUGGAGACGCAGUACUGGACGUUAGUCGAGAUCCCGAAGCAGGAGAAACUGGAAACGGUACCGGCAUUCGUGCUGCGGGCCUGCAGCAUCAUGGAGAAGUCGCAGAAGUCCGGCGAGGGAGUCAAAACGUCCGCCAAGUUGGCUGAGGAGGCGGCUGAAAGGCGCGAACGGAUGGAACGACUCGAAACCAUGACGACGGCUCAGAUCGAGCAGGAGAACACGCAGAUGAUCAACGAUCUGUACCGCUUGCUCAAAAAGUACACCGGGCUGAGGAACCUGAUCCGGGAGCUGAAGUCUGAGUACGGCAACUCCAAGAUCUACCCCAUCUUCCCACGGUACACGAUGCUGAAGGACAUGAUCAAGGACAUCAUGCACGAUCCGGACUACAUGGAGGUCUGCCACGAGGUGGAUAACUGA